UUGCCCAGUCCGGAUGUUCUCCAGUAGCGAAUAACGAGCACUAGUGUGAAUGUGGCAAUCGAGGUAGACAGGGAGGGGUACAGAGACUGACCGGACCGGGUUUUUUGGUAUUUUUUCUUUAUUUUGUAUUUUCUCGCCGAGCCUCGUACUGACAGUUUAUUCCACGCCGCGGUUGUAAACUUGUUCGAGGGGCUGGCUAGCCGGCCGUUGCAGCUUUUCUUUGGGACUAACUGCUGUCGUGAAAACAGUCCAGAAGAAAGAAGGAAAGGCAGAAACAACAUGGGGCGAUAAUAAAUAAAUGUGCUGUGUUGUGGACCGACGAUGACUCUCUGGGAGGACCCGUGAAAGCCUAUUUAUUUUUAUUUAUUUCCCCUUCUCCCUCUCCUUUGUCCUCUGCUGUUUUAUUUUUAAUGUUCUCCUCCCCUUGUUAGUCUGGGAGAUAUAUUUAAACGGAAAAAGGCAGCGUUUUAAGAGGACUGAAAGAUGGACCAAGCCGGCAUCCUGAGACAGUUUAUCCAGGGGGUGAAGACCAUGAGUGAAAGAGACGAGAAGAGGGGGGAGGACAACUUUGGCAGCGACUUUAUGCGGUUACGACGGCUAUCAACCAAGUACCGGACAGAGAAGAUCUACCCCACCAACGUGGGAGAGAGGGAGGAGAAUGUCAAGAAGAACAGAUAUAAAGACAUACUGCCGUUUGACCACAGCAGGGUGAAGCUGACAUUAAAAUUAACCAAUCAGGACUCAGAUUACAUAAAUGCAAACUUUAUUAAGGGUGUGGAUGGCCCAAAUGCCUACAUUGCAACUCAGGGUCCGCUGCCAAACACGGUCCUCGACUUUUGGAGAAUGAACUGGGAGUAUAACGUAGCUGUUAUUGUUAUGGCUUGUCGAGAAUUCGAAAUGGGAAGGAAAAAGUGUGAGCGGUAUUUUCCAAGGCUGGACGAGGAGCCACUGACUUUCGGACCUUUUCAAAUCUCUUGUGAAUCAGAGCAGACCAGAACAGACUACUUUAUCAGGACUUUGAUUGUGCAGUAUAAUAACGAAACUCGGAGGAUAACUCAAUUUCAUUACAUCAACUGGCCCGAUCAUGAUGUCCCGUCAUCAUUUGACUCCAUACUAGAUAUGAUUGGGCUGAUGAGAGAAUACCAGGAGAAUGACGAUGUUCCCAUAUGUGUGCACUGCAGUGCUGGCUGUGGGAGGACAGGUGCUAUUUGUGCUAUUGACUACACGUGGAACCUCCUCAAAGCUGGAAGAAUUCCAGAAGACUUCAAUGUUUUCCGGUUGAUCCAAGAAAUGAGGACGCAGCGGCACUCUGCUGUUCAAACAAAGGAGCAGUACGAGUUGGUUCACAGAGCGAUUGCUCAGCUUUUUGAAAAACAGCUGCAGCAACUGGAGAGUCCCACCAACACACAGAUACACGAUGGCAUGAGUGAAAGCAGUCCAGAGAAAGCAAGUCAUCAGUCUGAUGAGGAGAGAUGGGACGCACCGCCUCCAAAACCUCCUCGCAUACGCAAUUUCCAGUCAGAAGGUGAUGUUAAGGAAGAGAUUAUCCAGCCCCCUGAAGCUCACCCUGUCCCCCCGAUCCUCACACCGUCUCCCCCUUCAGCGUUCCCCACAGUCACCAAUGUACGGCAGGACAAUGACCGCUACCAUCCCAAACCUGUCAUACAUGUCCUGGCUUCUACACAGCGCAACGCGACACAGGUUAAUGCAGAUGUGGACCAGGAGCAGAACCAGUCAGAACCCAGUCUAACCAAACAAACCAGCCCAUCAGAGCAAAACGAUGUAGACCUACUCAGCCAAAAUCAGCAAACUCAGGUCUCAGAUCUGGAUCUCAAUGACAACUACAGCAACAAAUUGUCUUCAACGUCAACCCAGUCAGAGUCGGGUCAAAGUGAGACUCCCUCAUCGCCCCUCUCCUCGACCGUUGAAUGUUCUGGUGCUCCUCGGAUCGAGAGGAAACUCAGCAUUGAGAUUAAAAAAGUCCCGCUCCAGGAAGGACCUCGCAGCUUCGACACCUCCUCUUCCGUUGGGGCCCCAGGUGGAUUAGGCAACAGUUCAACCAACAGUAGUUCAACGCUUCAUAGAAGCCACGCCUUCAAAUCUCGUUCCUGUCAGACCCAGCUGACGUCUAGCUCCUCGCUGUCGGAGGACUCGGGCACCGAGGGAGGAGCGGGUGGAUGUGGAGAGAGUCACACGCAUGGGGAUGUCCUAACCAGACCAAAUCACCUUCCAGUGAAGAGCAAAGAGAAGGGGAACGCAUACGAAGAGAAAAUGGUGGAGCUGAAAUCUGGUCAUGCUGCGUGGAUGGAGCACGGCAACAGUCCAGAAAAACAUUUCCCCAAGACUUCCUCCUCCUCUUCUUCCUCAGACAGAGUCGCUCCAUCUUCGUCAUCCUCUUCCCACCUCUCUUCGUCAUCUUCCUCUUCCUCCUCCUCCUCCACUCCUGUUAGGACUGCCCUUAGUUUCACCAACCCCCUCCACUCUGAUAACUCAGAUGAGGAGGGGAAUGGAGAAAUGCCCGAAGGAAAGGAGAGUUAUCAUACAAACGUAUCCACGGUAACGACCACCGUAGCCGCGUCCCCUCACCAUGACACCCAACAGUCGACCAGAAAGGUGCUGACGAUGUCGAUUGCCGGACAGGCCACUCCACCUUCCACAACCACAGCAAACUGCUGGGACAGCGAUGACUCCCCUCCCCCCCUCCCCGAGAGAACCCCUGAGUCCUUCGUAUUGGCCACAGACCCUGUGGAAGUAAAAACAUCUGCUUCAGCUGAAUGGAGUUCACAAAAAGAUUGUGACAAGACACCUCCAGCUGAUCCAGGAUCUGCUGGAAGUACAGUAGCAAAGAGCCAAGCAGACCUGGGUGGGGUUCGGUAACCACUGCAUUCAACCCAGAAGUCCUCGAGAACGCCCCCUUGGAGUGGACAUGAUUGAACAAGCCGUCUGCCUGUUCACCAACAACAUCCUACCUUGUCAGGAUGUGGGCUCCCACCUGGAUGAUCCAAAUGAAACUUGCUAAAUGCCACACUGACCAAAUAGCACAUUAUACAGAGAAGCUUCUUCUGUGUGCAAACUUCCUCCUCGUGUCCUCCUUCUAAGUGCCACCGAGCAAAAUAACAAGCAGCUACUGGUUUAAAGACAUCCAAACUUUUCCUCUUCAGAAUGUUUAUGCUUAGGCUGUUUGCUGGCUUGAGAUUAGUCUUUGCCCAGUUAAUGGUUGAAAGAUAAAUUUUUAGGGGAUUUAACAAAGAUGAGGCCUAGCGCCCCCCCCCCCCCCCCAUCCCCCAACUACAUGUAAAUUUCUCCCUUUUUUUAACACAAAAUAAAGUGACUUAAAAAUUACUUUUACUCGUUGUUUUAAGCCAAAUGAGAGGAAUGAGACGUAUUCAGGAAAGCUAGUGUGGGAAGCAGAUCCCCGAGUUAAAGAAAACAAAACAAGCUGCCUCUCAAUGAAUGAACAAUCUUCAACGCGAACUUGGAUAAUCUUUUACUCAUGAUGCAAUCUUAUCAGAACGGUGUGAGAGGUUGCUAUAGGAGGCUUUCUGUGUCUCUGUGUGCUGCUGCGUUACAACCACUCUGCAUAGAAACGGCCACGCUGGAGCUGAUGAUAAUCAUCUCUCACCUGUUUCUCAUCUGUGCUGUGGUUUCCUGUUGGAUUUUAAUCAUGUAUGGGAAAAAUGUAAAAACAGGCCCUAGUGAUUUCUGUUUCUCUGCUCUUUUGUUGCCAUCAGGACAUGCACCCAUUCACCUAAAUACAAAACGAGUUGGUUUGCAUAAAGCUAAGCUAACAUGAAAAUAUUCAGCUGAAAGCAAUAAAUUCCAAACUUACUUAGAGGUUUAAGGGAAUACGACCAUGAUGCCAAAGCAUCCUAAAAAGGUUCCCAAACAAGUUGCUCGUAAAAUCUGAAGUUUUAAUUUAUUUAUUUAAAAUGCAUUUGAAUGUAUUUCACCAUAUUAAGAAGGGUGAUAGAAAUCAGUUAAGAAUCACAUAAAAGGGCAAAUUUUAUUAAUGACAUCAUUAUCGGCCAAACUCUGAAUCAUGAGACCACGAGCCUGUUAAGGACGUGUCCUCUUACUAUAGAAGCUAUUGGCUGCUUUUCACUUCCCUUUUCUCCGUUUUAGUGUUUCUUUGUUUCAUUUGCUCGUCUCCCUGUCUCCUACACGUUUCUCACAAUAAAACCUCCAGUGUUACAGAGUAUAGAUGUUGCACCUGAAACACUAGAAACUGGUUUUGACAGGUUGAACGCUCUGUUGUUUCUCUUUACCGGCUUCUGUUUGUGUGAUGUAGGGAUCCAGUAAGAGAUCAUCAACAGCAGCUAAGGACCCAGGAAUUCUGUUUUCUUCUUAUUGUUAACAUCUUUUUUUAUUUGCUACCACGACGUCAUAGUAUGUACAUUGUUUUUCUAAAGAUGAGAGCUGUACAGGGCAGUUGAGGUAUAUAAUAUUUCAAAUUUCUUUUUACUGUUUCCUAAAUAUUUCUAUUAACAGAAGAUGUACGAAAGUCAGUGCAUGAUGAUGAUGAUUCUUCCCCAUAGUUUUCUUUAGAUGUGUAAAUUAUUCAGUGACCCUUUUGAUUUUGCUUCUGGCAAAUAGUUCAGGGUUAAAUUGUUAUUUUUCAACUGUGUGCUUAACAGAUUGAUAAAUGUUUUAGCUGUUGGCAGAAAAAUGGCACAAGCUGCCACCCAGCCUCCUCUGAAGACUACAAUGGUCUCCGAAUAAGAUUGUAAUAAUAUUAUUAAUGCUGAUAAUAAUACUGAUGGUCAUUUUUUGUAAAUGGUAUUUUAAAAGUUAUUUUUGUAUACGCGGUUUUGUUGCAUCACAGCUCCCACUCUGAGUUCAUGUCUUAUGUUUUCACUGGCUCACUCCACCUCUUCAUUCUAUUAAAUCUUGCUAAUUAUUCCA